AUGCCAGGAGAGAUUGAAGUGGAGAAGAGUGUUUACCCGGUGCAUACUCGUAUGCAGUCUCUCCAAGUGGACUCAGUCCAGCGCUGGAUGGAGGACCUGCGCCACAUGACAGAGGUGGAAUGUAUGUGUGUCCUCCAGGCCAAACCUAUUGGGGUUGAGGAGGACACCCAGGGAGAGCUGAUAGUGACCUCUGGGAUUGGGGCAGGGGACCACGUGGCCAGGAACAACUUGCAGACGCUUCUUCGGCGUGCGUUAGUUGUCAGCACGGAGCUGGGGAAGAUGUUCCAGCGGCUGGAGAAGGGACGGUGGCAGAGAGUCCACAGCACGGCCGUACGUGCAAACUGCCACGUGCGCUCGCUGAUUCACGAGUAUAGCGCUGCUCGGAGCACACCACCAGAGAUGCAGAAGUAUGAAAAAUCACUGCUAGAAAAGUGUUUGGAGCUGACUCAUAUUACAGAGAGGUGCCUUCACACCAAUGAUGAAUUCUUCCUUAAAUCCAUGAGGGAGGCGAUCCACGAGAUCCUCACAGAUGUCAGUGAUUCUUUCAGCAACAUGAUUGACAUGGCGUUGGCCAAUGAGAUCCAGGUCCUGAUCAAACAGAUUGAGUCUUCCGACAGUGUUCAUACUAUUGGCAGUGCCAUUAGCAACCUGCUCUCCCUGACGCAGGAUGGACCUCAGCUCUGCAGCAUCAUUGCCAAGGAAGGAGCUGUGGUGGCUCUGUUCAAGAUCUGCCGACAGGACCGCUUCAGAGACCUGUAUGCUCACGCUCUGAGAACCGUGGCCUCCAUCUGCUGCGUGGAGGAGGGCAUCAACCAACUGGACAAGGUGGACGGGAUCCUGUGCCUGGCAGACAUCCUGACCGACGACAGCAGCGUGGAAGCAGCCAGAGCCGAGGCGGCGGCGGUCGUGGCCCAGAUCACCUCACCUCACCACACGUCCACGCAGCAUCUCGCCAGCUUCCUGGAGAGCAUGCACGACAUCGUCACCGCUCUCAUCAAGCUGUGUGAAAGCGCCUCCUGUGGUGAAGUAUUCCUUCUGGCCUCUGCAGCCUUGGCCAACAUCACGUUCUUCGACAGCAUGGCCUGUGAGAUUCUGCUGCAGCUCAACGCCAUCCACAUCCUGCUGCAGGCCUGCAAAGACCGCCAGAGAGUCGACACGCCCUACUCCAAGGACCAGGUGGUGACGAUUUUGGCAAACCUCUCUGUCUUAGAGCCGUGCGCCCCAGAAGUCCUGCAAGAACAAGGAAUAGAGAGACUGCUCCUGCUGCUGGGAGAAAAGCCAUCCUCCCCAAACCCAUCAGAGGGCGCGGCCUGCGAGCGAGUCCAGCAGAAAGCCGCCGUCACCUUGGCCCGUCUGAGCAGAGACCCAGAUGUGGCUCAAACAGCCAUCCACCUCAAAGCUGUUCCUCAUCUCAUUGAACUCUGUCGCUCCCCCACUGAGAGAAACAACAGUGACUCUGUUCUGGUUGCCUGCCUGGCUGCUCUGAGGAGGCUGGCAGCAGGCUGUCCCGACAGCAUUGAGGCGGCCGAUUACCAACAGCUGAUCAAACCACGGUUGGUCGAUUCUUUCCUGCUGUGCUCCAACAUGGAGGAGAGCUUCGUCUGAUAACCUGCACGUCCCUACACAGAGAAACAGAAUUCACUUACAUCUCAGACUGCGUACCGGAUUUUUGCAUCUACUUCAUGACUCGUUCUGCUUUACAU